CAAACUUUUAUUGGUGGAAUUGUGUUCUCUUCUAGUUCUCUAUGCAUCUAAAUUAUUUUCUCUGAUUAAGAAUUUGUAUGGAUUGUAACUUUUGAAACACGUGGAUUGUAACAUUCAGGCAGAUAUGCAAGUGAGGGAGAAAAUCUUGGUCUUGCUUGACUCUUGGCAAGAAGCUUUUGGUCGGCCUGGAGGAAAGCAUUCUCAAUAUUAUUGGGCAUAUGAUGAAUUAAGGCGUUCUGGAGUAGAAUUUCCCAAGCGUUCAUUAGACGCCGUCCCUAUUUUUACACCCCCUGCUUCACAUCAGACCAUGGGUCGUCCUCAACCUAGAUAUGGAAUGCCUAGCAAUGCUUCAAGAAGGCUUGAUGAAACUAUGGCUACAGAAAUUGAGAGUUUGAGCUUGUCAAGCAUGGAGGCUAUGUAGAAUGUUCUGGAACUCCUAAGCGACAUGCUACAGGCAGUAAAUCCUGGUGAUUCUGCGGUAUAAGCAAUGAAUUUUUUUCAUCUCUAUGAUCUAUGAUAUGAGCUACUUGUCCCCUUUUUUUAAUCUCUAUGAGCUACUUAUCCCUGAAACUUAAUGUGGUUCUUUUGCCAUUCUGUUCAGGCUGUAAAAGAUGAAGU